GUGGAGCAAACCGCUCCGUGAGUGUGAACCCCGGGAACAGAGACCUUCGAGAUAGUCCCGACAUGGGAUCGGGGCUACCAGGAAGAGUAAGGGAAAACUCAUCCUCGGGUCUGUGGAACAGUAUGGCAGGACAUUCGUUUGAGUCUAAGAACGUGACAGGAUGUAGCUCCUCUCAUGCCGCCGUGAUGGACAAGUCCAGUGAUUUUUUAAUAUCUAGUGGCUAUCACUCCGGAACCUCGCCUAGUCGGUGA